AUGCACCGCGUCGGACUCGUCCAACUCACCAGCUCGGCUCGCAACAGCCCGUUCGGCGCCGAGAAGGCCGCAUUCGAAAAAUCGACGGCCAACAUGAAAGGAGGUGUUGUUCCAGAAGCGCUGAAAAUCAAGAAAUUCCAAGCGGCGGUGACGCCGUCGCCACUCUCCGCUGGCCUCAAAUCAUCGCCGUUCGACGUUUUCGCUGGAGCAGAGACAAAGGAGAACGUGGAGACGCAGACAGUCUUCGAGACCCACACAACCUCCACCCAAACCCAAAUCUCCGUCGCGCAUGUUCAACCAAAAAUCGUCGAAUCCGAUCUCACUGCGGCCACGCCCACAAUCAAUUAUCUGCGAGUGAUGGCCGAUCGUCUCCAGAUGGAUCAGGACGAUGAGAUGGAGGAGAACGGGCGGCUCAUUCGGGAAUUGGGAGAUUUGGAGGAGCAGCAGCGAAAGCUCGACGACGACAUGGAGAUCCUUCUCGAGGUGUUGGCCGAUAUCGAUGAGGAGCAAGCGGAUGACGAGAUUGGCAUUGCUCAUGUUUAA